AUCAAGCCUUGCUGUAGCUCUCCUGUUAAACCCGUGCCUUGAACCCUGCCCGAUCAGUUCUCUUGGUUUCUGGACAUUUGGAUGCCCUUAAGGACUUCUCUGCCUCUUCCUUUGGUGCUUCUCAAAUGAUAAUUCUACAAGCUGUUGUUCAGUCAGCAAAAGCCAUUGUUGCUGUGGAUGACAUCAGUAUAACAAAGACAUGUAAGACUAAUUACAAACCAUUUUCAAGUACCUACAAAAAAGGAGAAGCAGUGUUGGAAACUUCUUCAUCUCUUUAUUGUCCACCUGGAUUGUUGGCAUGUGAGAAUGGAGACUGUAUUUCAUCUGACAAGUUUUGUGAUUUCACACCUGAUUGCCCAGAUGGCAGUGACGAGGCCCUGUGCUCUGCUAAAUGUGACUUUGAACGGGACAGUUGUGGCUGGCUGGAAACAGCCAGUGGUGAUGCAUUUGACUGGACAAGGAGCUCCAGAAAUAGUCUACCUCCUACUUUCCAGGAGCAAGCUCCAGCACAGGAUCACACCUAUCACCAAUCUGUAGGUCACUUUAUGUUCAUUCUGAGAAACAGCAGCAGUGUCUCACAGAUUGCACAGCUACGAAGCCCUAAAUUCAGUCAGGCUGGAUCAGGUUGCACAGUGACUUUCUGGUAUUACAGCUAUGGAAUGUCAGUUGGAGCAGCAGAAAUGCAAUUGCUUGUUGAUGGACAAAAAGAUCCUACUGUCCUCUGGAGGAUAUACUACAAUCAAGGAGAUCAGUGGUUAAAGGCUUUCAUUCAGCUUGGCCGCCUCCCACAGCCCUUUCAGUUAUCUCUAGAUAAAGUCAGCCUUGGAUUUUAUGAUGGUGUCUCAGCAAUUGAUGAUAUAACAUUUGAGAACUGUGCAUUGCCACCUCCAGCAUUAAACUGUGAAGGCCCUGAUCAUUUUUGGUGCCCAGGUUCGAAGGCUUGCAUUGACAGUUUGUUAUUGUGUGAUCUUGUUGAUGACUGUGGAGAUGGGGCUGAUGAGGACAAGUGCGCUCCUGAGCUGCAGUGCGACUUUGAGCUUGGACUCUGCAACUGGGAGCAAGAUGUGGAAGAUGACUUCAACUGGACUAGAAACCAAGGACCAACUUCCACUCUAAAUACCGGACCAAUGAAGGAUCACACCCUGGGCACGGUCAAAGGGCAUUACCUCUACAUAGAGUCUUCAGAGCCACAGAUGUUCCAAAACCGAGCAGCUUUGCUAAGCCCAGUCUUUAAUUCUACCUUUGCACAUGGCAAGAAAAGCUGCAUUUUUCGCUUCCAUUAUCAUAUGUUUGGAAAGCACAUUUACAGGCUGGCUGUUUCCCAGAGAACUGUGAGCAAUACAAGGGGACAUCUGCUGUGGCACACAUUUGGCAAUCAAGGCAACAGAUGGAUAAGGAAAGUGCUCUACAUUACAAGUUCAGAACCUUUUCAGAUCUUGGUGGAAGGUACUGUUGGGGAUGGCUUCACUGGAGACAUUGGAAUUGAUGACCUAUCUUUUAUGGACUGUAUGCUUUACAGUGGAAAUUUGCCAGUUGAUUCAACAACUCCAUCAGGGACAUCAGUUCCUGUGACACUUCCUAUGAACAACUGUACGGAAAAAGAGUUCAUCUGCAGAGCCAAUGGCCAAUGCAUCAAUAUCACCCAGAAGUGUGAUUUCCGACCUGAUUGUUCUGACAAAUCUGAUGAAUCAUCUUGUGCUUCAGAUACUUGUGACUUUGAUCAUGGACAUUUUUGUGAGUGGUAUCAGCCUGCUGUCAAAGUGGCAACAACAGCUUCAACCUAUGCUGUUAAUAUAUUCCAGUGGGGCCUUGGAAAAGGAGUAGGCAUUCACCCAGGUGAAGAGAGCCAUAGGCCAGUGACUGAUCAUACUACGGCUACUAAAGAAGGCUGGUAUCUCUAUGCAGACAGUUCUAAUGGAGAAUUUGGACAUACUGCUGAUAUUGCCACUCCAGCUAUUUCUCUGACUGGACCCAAGUGCAGGCUGGUGUUUUGGAACUAUAUGAAUGGGGCAACAGUGGGUUCAUUGAAGGUGCUCUGCAAAGAGGGAAACAUGACUUUUGAACUUUGGGCUCAGAGUGGCCCCCAGGGUCCGCAGUGGAACAGAGCUGAAGUGUUUUUAGGUGUUCGCUCCUAUUUUCAGGUUAUUUUCAGGGCAAAACGGGGCAUCAGUUAUGUGGGAGAUGUGGCAGUGGAUGAUAUUUCAUUUCAGGACUGUUCCCCCCUACUGAUCACAGACAAACCCUGUACAUCUGAAGAAUUUACCUGUGCCAAUAAAUACUGCCUCCCAAAGGAUAAUCUUUGUGAUUUUGUGAAUGACUGUGCAGAUAACUCAGAUGAGAGUCACAGCAUUUGCAGUAUGUCCAUUGGGCGCUGUGAUUUUGAGUUUGAUCUUUGUAACUGGAAACAAGAUCAGAAUGAUGACUUUGACUGGAAUCUCAGAAUUGGAGGAAUCCCAAGAGCAGGCACUGGGCCAGUUGCUGAUCAUACCUUGCAAGAACCAUCUGGUCAUUACAUCUUCAUAAAAAAUUCCUUCCCUCAGUUGCCAGGGCAAGAAGCCAGAAUUUCUAGUGUGACUAUAAGUAGAAAAAGCAAAAAUUGCAAGGUAAUAUUUUAUUACCACAUGUAUGGAACCAACACUGGAUCAUUGACUGUCUACCAGGGGACAGCAUCAAAUCCCAAAAAAAUGUUAUUCAGUCUUUCUGGAGAUCAGGGAAAUGUCUGGAGAAGAAAAGUGUUACUGUUAGAAGCAGGCGAGGACUUCCAGAUCACUUUUGAAGGGCAUGCUGGUAAAGGUUACAGGAGAUGUAUAGCUCUUGAUGACAUUGUGUUUACAAGGGAAUGUUUGCCAUCAUUGCAGUUCUUACCAGAUGGACCUGCACAAUUAUCCGCAACAGGCUCUUGCUUACAUGGUUAUUUGGAAUGUCUCAAUGGCAAGUGUUACAGACCAGAACAAAGCUGCAAUUUUGAGGAUGACUGUGGGGAUUAUACUGAUGAGAGAGAAUGUGGGACCUCCUGCACUUUUGAAAAUGGUAUAUGUGGUUGGCAGAAUUCCCUAGCGGAUAACUUUGACUGGGUUAUAGGAACUAGCUCACCUCAAAACCUCGGGCCUUCUGAUGACUCCAUGCUUGGAAAUUGGAGAGGACAAUUUCUCUAUCUUGAAGCCAAGUCAAUAGGCGUAAGAGGUGAAAAGGCACAUCUGAAGAGCUCCAGGUGGGCAGAGUCUAGCACCACUUGCACACUGAGCUUUUGGUAUUAUAUGUCUUCAAAAGCAACAGGAAAUAUCCAGGUUUUCAUUAAGACUGAGAGCAGUCUUUUAAAGGUUUGGAGUGAUUCUGCAGACUAUGGUGGCCUAUGGAAGAAAGCAGCAAUACGCCUGGGGAAGCUGAGGAAUUUUGAAGUCCUAUUUGAAGGCAUUCGAACCAAGGAUCUUGGAGGAGGAGCUGGAAUAGAUGAUAUUGAAUAUGAAAACUGCAGCACAAUAGGAGAAGAUUCUGGGGUGUGCCCUACUGUUACUGACUUCGUGUGUUGGAACAAGAAGUGCAUUGAAUCUCACCUUGUUUGCGACUACAAGGCUGACUGCGAAGACUGGUCUGAUGAAGCUGAUUGCAGCCAAUACACCACUGUUCCAGGUAGCUGUAACUUUGAAACACAAGGCCAGGACUGGGCUGCUGUAUGUGGAUUUACGCAAGAUCCUGGAGAUGAAUUUGACUGGCACAUUAGCAACAGAACUGUCAUAGAACAAAGAGGCCCAUCCAAGGAUCACACACCAGGUAAUGGACACAAUUUUUUAUAUGUCAAUUCAUCUGCUCAACAAGAAGGGGACAGAGCAAGAAUAGUUACCACCAAAUACUUCCCAGCCAGUCUGGGUAUAUGCAGACUUCGCUUUUGGUUUUGGCAGUUUAAUUCCCCCCAAAUUGGAUUGUUAAAGGUGUAUGCUAUUGAAGAAUUUGGAAUGGAUAUUUUGAUGUGGGCAGCAACUGGAAAUAAAAGAAAUACAUGGGCAUAUGCAAAUGUGCUCCUUUCCAGCAACAGUCCUUUCCAAGUGGCAUUUGAAGCAGAAGUCGGAGCUAAUGAGUCCACUGAAUUUGCUCUUGAUGACAUCUCUUUCACACCAGAAUGUGCAUCAGGAGGACCAAUUGAAGCACAACCUCCAACCUGCACCAGUGACACAUUCACAUGCAUAUACAUAAAGCAAUGUGUGCCUCUUUCUGUGAAAUGCAAUGGAGUAGAAGACUGUACUGAUGGGACUGAUGAAAUGGCCUGCCCUGCUGAAGAACCUACCACAGGUUCUCCAAGACAUUGCAAGCAAACUGAAUUCCAGUGUGCUAACCAGUCGUGUAUCCCAUCACUCCUGAGAUGCGACGGUGUGACUGACUGUAGGUUCAAUGAAGAUGAAGCCAAUUGCCCUAUUCAAGAUUGCUUCAAUGGAUCUUUGUUGUGUCCAUCAACUAACAGUUGUAUUCCAGUUUCUCAGCGCUGUGAUGGUAUUGUAGAUUGCAUUGAUUUUGCUCCUGAUGAAUCUAGCUGUUCAGAUUGUCCCAAGACAUACUGCAAAAAUGGAGGAACAUGCAAUAAAGACCCUGUUCCCAUCUGCCAAAUCCAAAAAAUUACAAAGUGCCAACAAGCCUCCAGUUACCUCCUUUCAAAGAAAACCAAACCUGAGAAGGUGCAGCACCCCUGGAACUUCUCACAGCUCAGUGAAUUGGGAUGUGGAAAAGAGUGGAAGGGAAACCGUUGCCACAUGAAGAUUAAGCCUCCUUUGACUCCAGCUUCUGAUACUUGGACUGUGCUAGGGAUUGGAUUAGCUUUCCUGUUGAUUGAAAUUGCAGCCACUGUUUCAUGCAUCCUUUCAAAGAGAAAAUUGCCAAGAACGAAGCCGGAAGAGAUCCUCAAUACUGCAUUUGACAACCCACUUUAUGAGGCUCAGGGUGUAAAGUCUACAGAGUAUGCUGCCUCACUGGGAGUUCAGAUCAGUGUUUCUCCAUGGCAGGCACAGCAGGAGCUGUCUCGCAGUAAUGACAUCAUGGCUGCUUCCUUUGCCAAUCCUCUAUAUGGCACAACUACAGGAAAAGCGGAGACACUGAGAUUUCCCUGAAAGUGGGCAUAAAAUGAGACAGGAACGUUAUGCAGCUUCAUCUGCCGUGAUGUUUUUCUGUUUCUAAAAUCAAAUUGAAUGAUGGCAUAGCAUUAGUCGCUUGAAUGAAAAUGGAAUGAUUUUUCAUAUUAGAAUAAUUAUCUUCUCCAAAUAACACUUCAUUCAAAAUAGCAUCCACCCACAUGGGAAAGCGUAGCUGUACGUGAUAUUUAUAUUGGCAAGGAACACUCUUGGUAACUUUUGUUUUGAACUGACUACAUGGCUGAACAGUUCAAAUUCCAGUGUAUUAAUAAAUAAAAGUUUCACUUAA